AUGGACACUGCACUGGAUACAGACAAGGCAAGAAUGAGCCUGGAAGAUUCAAAAAGGGCAGUGGUGUCUUCAAGCUCUCCACCUAACAUGGAGUUCCAAGCCCUCCACCAGGCCCAUCGGGACCGUUGGAAGAACACAGAUGUGUCCAUGUGUCGCCACAGCCUGUCCUUCCAUCUGCACCACAGCCUGAGGAUGGAGUUCUUCGCCAGCUUCCUGUACCUGCUGGAGCAGAUCCCUCUGGUCAAGCUCUUCGCGGUGACCUGCGAGAAAAUCAAAGGGGAGAAGUACUUUUACUACAAGGCGCAGAAGUUCUACGAGGACGUGGAGCCGUCAGAGGAGGGGAUGAUGGGAGACUUCGUUGAGAUCUCCCACAUCGACCUGGAGGGCUCCAGGAACUUUCUGAGCAGGUUUAUUGGUCCUGGUAAGGCUGACACUAAGUGUGCCCUGGACUGUGGUUGUGGGAUUGGGCGGGUAUCUAAAGGUGUCCUCCUGCCCAUCUUUGAGACCAUGGAGAUGUGUGACAUGAUUGAGGCCUUUCUGCUCCAUGCCCACGAGGAGUACCUAGGAGAUGACGCUGACCGCAUAGAAACAUACUACUGUUACAACCUGCAGGAGCUAACACCUCCCUCAAGGAAAUAUGACGUCAUCUGGAUGCAGUGGUGUGCAUGUCACCUGACGGACAGGGACCUGAUGCAGUUCCUGAUGCGCUGUAAUAAGAGUCUGCGGCCCAACGGGGUUAUCAUCAUGAAGGACAACAUGGCCCGGAAGGGCUGCAAGCUGGAUCCCAUCGACAGCAGCAUCAUCCGCCACCUGGACAUCAUGAAGGACAUCAUCUUUAAGGCCGGCCUGAAGGUCCUGGCUGUGGAGAAACAAGAAGGAUUCCCCGACGCCAUCGUCCCUGUGUGGAUGAUCGCUAUGCAGUAG